ACCCACUAUUAGAGUGAAGUCUGGAUGACUCGGACAGCGGCGAGGAACACAGAAUAGUCACAAGGCACCCGCAAAUCACAAGAUGGACGGCAACCCACAAAGGUUGUAUGCCUUGGUCCUCCUGGGACUCUUUGCAGGUCACUUUUGCGGCUUGCCGGAUCCAGGGACAAAUGCAGAGCCAUUCAACGUGUCCGAUGAAGAUGAAGCAACAACCAAGAUAAUGCUUCUGUCUGAAGACUCCAGGCCAGCUUCAAAAGUUAAAACCAUGAGCCAGACCCAGAAUUCUGUAAACGUGAAUGCUGUUCCUACCUCUCUUUUAUCCUUGGAAGGGCAUGAUGCCACCCUGAAGUGUACAUUCAAAGCCCCACGAAAUGUUGAAGUCUUUUGGAGAAGAUCCUGUUACCCCAACUGCAGCCAGACUUUUCGUGACAGCAGCAGCAGCGCAAACCCACGCCUGGAUGUAAGAGGCAGUUGGACAACCCUCUCCUUCCAGCAGGCGGAGACCAAAGAUUCCGGCAUGUACUACUGCGUCGUAAAUGCCUCUGGUGAUAUCUACCAGUCGUGUGGCACAUUCCUCUGGGUCCGGAGACCUCGCCCCACCUCCUUCCUGAACAUAAGAGAAUCCGUCAAAAACAAGAUAAUCACAGCUGAGGGCUUCCUUCUACUCAUCUGUGCUAUUGGGCCAGGUCUUUUUCUGCUGUUGAGGAAGAGGUGGGAAAAUGAGAGCCUGCUGCAGGCCAAGAAAAAAUAUGAAGAGGAGAAUCUGUACGAGGGACUGAAUCUGGACGAGUGCUCCAUGUAUGAAGAUAUCUCACGAGGGCUGCAAGCCACUUACCAGGACAUAGGCACUGUCAAAGUGAUUGAUCUGCAGCUGGAAAAGCCAGAGAAACCAUGACACAUCUGCUUUGUGUCCUGCUUCCAUAAGCCUACUGUAGAGAACCGUUUUUGAUUCCAAAAUCAUCUAACAAUAUCCUACAGACAGAGAGAGGGGGGAUAGGUAUUCUUUCCUGGAUGCUGACAGUUUGUGUAACCAUUUCAGCUUCACAAUAAGGAAGCUGAGGGAAAUGGACCUAUGCUGCAUUAUCAAAGAUCUGGUAAUAACAGUAGAAUAAGUAGAGAGGCUUCUCCAAUAUUUUAGUUUUCCUAAUAAAUUAUUCCAGUAAUAACUAUUUUUGUUUGAAAU